GUGAAGUCACACUAUCUAUACUAGCUUGUAAAUGUUUGAAAAAUGCAACUGGUUACUAAAGUGCACCUUUAUCGUAGUCCUUACACAAUAUGCUAUAUUUCCGAAGACCGCUUAACUUUGCCCGAUGAAUAUAGUUACAAAUCUAUCGGUGUUAAAAAUGAUACCAAUGACUCGAACAUUGGUGAUCAAAACGUAAACAUACUAGACUUAAAUAAGAAAAAUUUAAAAUUUAGUACGUCUGCGUUAUUUUUACAACCUUUCCUUAAAGAGUGUUUAAAUUCGGAUGUGUAUAGAAUAAACGUUUUAAGGAAUUUGAAUGAAUUAAGUGGUAAUCCAAAUAGUGGGACGUUGUUUUUAAAAUUAAUUUUAGAACCACCGGAUAGAGAAGUAAUCGAUUACGCAUGGAACGAAAGAAUGUUGCAGCUGAUAUGGACAAGGGUUGAGGUGGAAAAUGCAUUUUCAUGGUUAUCAACACUUGGUGGUGCUUAUUCAGCAUUAGGGGACUAUUUUGAACAUUGUGCUGAAGAGGCUGGUAAAAUUUCAAUGCGCCAGUAUGCAUUGUCUAAAAUGCUGGGUGAUGACAGUCUAGCUGCUCGGAGCAGGUUAUAUUCUGCAAUAGCUUUUGCUCAAAAGGGUAAACUAAAAGUAGCUAGGUAUUUAGUAAGAAAUAUAGCAGCAUUUGCCAGAGAAACUCAUGAUAAACGUCUCAAUAGAAUGUGUCAAGGUGUAUGGGUUAAGCUAAGGUACUUACGAGAAAAACAGUGUAUAGAAAAAAGCAAUAGUGUUAAAACUGAAAACAUUAAUUCCGAGUGAGGUUUUUAAAUGUUCUUAUGAAAGUUGUUUGAAAUAAAAAAUGUUAUAAUUCUUGUUAAAUGUUUGUAAAAUUGUUUUAAGUAAAAAUAAAUAUCUCUCACAAAUGUUUAUAAUUGUACAUACAAAGUAAUUAGUGCAGCAAAACCCUUAUACCAUUUAAAGUAUGAUAUAUAUCCAUUUACAACAUAUGUGACCAAAUACUAAAACGCUUCAUAUAUUAAAUAAGAAGAUAUUAUUUAGAUUGAUAUAACUAUUGCCAAUAACGAUAAGAAAAUAUUUACAAAUGGCGGCCACUGCAAAUAGUGUGAGUGAGAGGGCACUAGCCCUCUCACUCACACUAUUUGCAUCUCAUUUUGUGACAUAAUCAGGUUGGAAUUGAAUAUUUAUUCAAAAUUAUACCAAUUUUUGUACAUUGUAUUGUAUUAUAAUAUACAUAUUUUAAUUGGAAAUUAAUAGAAUUUCAAAUGUUUGUUUCUUUCAUUGUUGAUGACCGCAUUUAUAAAUAUUUUCCUUAUUGGUAGGUAUAUAAGGAUAUCUGCUUAAAAAGCUUGAACCAGAAGUGCUAUUAUGAAAAAUUUUGAUCAUGGACUAUAAAAAACUGAUUUGAAUUGUCAUGCAACACUUAAUACAAUAAUACUUGUGAUAACUAUAUCAUGUAUCAAUAUUAGUCGGUUUUAGAAUUUAUUCUGCCCUCGCUGAUAUUAUUUUUUGUUUUGUAUUUCAUCACUUUUGUUUGUAAUUUUGUCAAUAUUCCGCUGGCGUUGUAAAUUUUUUCGAUGAUAUGAAACUAAGAUAAGCUUUAUAAAUAUUUUUGAUUAUACACAUUUGUACUAUAAAAUGUACAUUGCUUAAGAGAUAUAUAUCAAAAAGUCAAUUGAUAGUGUUUUAAUCGCAUUAAAAAUAAGUUCAUAUUUCUUAAUUUUUUGUUUGAGUGUGUUGGAAGGACUUUUGAAUAAAUGAUAACUUGACAUUCAG